CUGUGUUCAGUAAGUAAUGUGCCGCGCAUGCGCAGUUCACUUCCUGCUUUGAAUGGCGAGGCGCGAAAACCGUUUUGAAGGUGAUCAUGAAGGCAUCUCGAGGGUCCAGCAGGGCUUCAACACAACAACCCAGAGGAACCACACAGAAAAAGACUAAUACAAGAUCUAAAAAGGGUAAAGCCAGCACUGCAGACCCUGAACAUUCAGACAGAAACAGAACCGUGGCAAGAAAUGAAAAAAGUCAUCAAUCGUGGAAGCGUCUGAGCAAAUCUUCUUUACGGGCACUUGAGAACAUGUUGAAUUUGUCUGUUCUAUCUGUUCUGACGCUGAAAAGCAAAGAUAAAGAUGAAUCACAGAAACAUCUCAACCUUCUUAAAAAUCAGUUUCUGGCUCAGUGUGCACAGCUGUCUGUUCCCCCUAGGAAAUAUGGAGACAUAAUUCAAGUUUCCCGUCAGUUUUCAACUGAGAGCAGAAAGUCUGAGCAAGGCAAGAAGACACUUGAGACUCUACAGGAGAACUUGAGCUCGAUUGUUGGCACUCUUGAGGAGAUGGAAGUAAAGAUGGACAGUUUAGAGAAGAAAUGCCGGGCAAUGAGAAGUAAACUAGAGGAGGAAGAGGAAAACGCACAGGAGUUUCUUCAGCUGUCUAAAGAAACGGUCCUGCGUCUUCCUGUUUUACCGCCUCGCCCAGCCAAUGAGCUCUCACUACAGGAGCACAUGAUGAAGAUGGUACCCAAUCCCUGUGCGGUGGUCCGAGCUCUUCAGACAGAUCCAGUAGUCGAGGAUGUGAAGGCGUUCCUGACGCUUGCACACAAACAGGUGGAUGCAGUACAGACAGAUAAAGACACAGCCCUGGACUGA